UCCAGAUUAUACAUCCGUCUUGCCCUAGAUAUAGAACGGCGUGUACGUUAUGCUACAGGCACAUGCCAUCUCCUCAUAGCUUCCAAAGCCAAAAAGAGGCUUGCUCCACAUCUAAAAGAGAUUAUAGCGGUUUGGAUUAUAUCGUUAUUUGAUCAAAGCAAAGAUGUCUCCAGAAUCGCAACUGAGGCAUUCGAGACUGUGUUUUUGGAAGAAAAGCGAAUCGAAGUGUUACAAUUCUGUCAAUCGGAAAUUGUAGACUUUAUUAUCGACGUGAUUUUACAUAAGGCUCCUGAAACAUUAAGCGAUCCAAGGUUUAUAUCAAAAGAAGACAUGGCCGCGAAGUAUGCUAGGGUUGUGUCGAGUUCAUAUUAUGCUCUUUCAUUUCUUAUAG